UUUAUUGCAGCGGAGAGAGCGAUAAAGGGGUUAAAGAGAGUAAAGCGGGGAAAGUGAAUCAGUAUGGAAGAAAAUGAUCACGGCAACAGAGACGUGGUGGAGCGGCAGGAGUCGGCGGAUGGAUCAAACAGAGCUAUCCUUCCCCUCUUACAGGCGCCGGGGAACCUGCAGAUCCCUCACCGGGUCACCAAUUUCUUCAUCGACAACAUCCUGCGGCCGGAUUUCGGACGGAAAAAGGACGGGGGCGCAAACCGCGAAGAGAAUAGCCUGGCAUCGCGGGAGAGCCACAACAGCCCCGCCGCCCCUCAGACCGAGCCGGUGGGGAGCACGGUGCCGGCGGAGGGGACCUCCACUCCACACACGGUUACCGGGUCCAAGAAGCCAGCUAUAGCCGCCGAGGAGCCCCUGAAACCCCGCGGGGAGAACGGAGACCAGUGCCUAAGCUCAGACUCAGACAGUUCCCAAGCCAGCUCAACCCCAGCCACGUCUCAGUCCAUGCUGUGGCCAGCCUGGGUUUACUGCACCAGAUACUCGGACAGGCCUUCUUCAGGGCCGAGAUCUCGCAAACCAAAGAAGAAAACGACCAGCAAAGAGGACAAGCGACCACGGACGGCCUUCACAGCAGAGCAGCUGCAAAGACUAAAAUCGGAGUUUCAGACAAACCGGUAUCUGACCGAGCAGAGGCGGCAGAACCUGGCGCAGGAACUGGGCCUGAACGAGUCCCAGAUCAAGAUCUGGUUUCAGAACAAGAGGGCCAAAAUCAAGAAGUCCAGCGGCACUAAAAACAGUCUGGCCUUACACCUGAUGGCACAGGGACUGUACAAUCACGCCACCGUCACGUCGAAAGAUGAAAAAUCAGACAGCGAUUGAUUUCCAGAGAAGUAACAGCAGCCUCCUGACGAAA